CACACACCUCUCAUCAUGACAGUAGUGCACAUCGUCCUCUUCAAAUUCCGCCCCGAAGUAACCCCAGAGCACAAGCAGACUUUCGUCUCAGAGCUCAAAACCCUGAAGAAUCUACCCUGCGUCAAGAAUGGCCGUCUCAUCGUCGGCGGCCCUUCGAUUACCGACCCGAUCGAGAAAAGCAAAGGCUUUGAGAUCGCCCUGGUGAGCUACCACGAGAAUCGCCAGGCGCUGGCGGAGUAUCAGGCUAGUGAUGAGCAUCACCGGGUGACGAGUACAUACAUGUUUCCGUACAAGGAGGAUCUGGUGAGGUUCGAUUUUGAGGUGGAUCCAGAGGACGAAGAGUUAUGCUCGUUUCCGGGCAUAGGAAGGCUGGUAUGA